UAAUGUUUGUGGUUAGGUUAUCACAAUGCAAGCAAUACAGCCGAAAGAUCCUCUCUCACAUCUUCAAAAUCAGCGUAGUGGCGGAGGCGCAUGAAUGGCCACGCCCACUGCCAGACUCGAAGCAGCAAAACCGGACGACUUCGUCUUUCUGUGACCAUUCAUAACGGCGGUGCGUUAGAGCCAGAAAGAGAACCGAAGCGACACAUCCAACAGGAAGCGGAAUUAAAGCGCACUUCAUUUAUCGGCGCUUGGAUAUCGAAUUAUCUCUCUCACGCGCUUUCUUUCCAGUGCCUUUGUGUUGCAAUUGAGCCACAUACUGUAUUGCCGGGGCAUACAGGGAUACCAAAGUUGCACCAAAGAGAGAUUUUUCUUCUCCAUUCUGUGUCCCUUUUCCCAAUGAACCCAACGCACUUGGAGACGGGUGGCGAGACAAGCAUGGGAUUACUUUUGUGAUGUGGAUUGUAAUAACCUUGGAGGAAAAAAUUGCUUUCCUUCUCAACAAUGUGAGAAGAACUGCGUCCUGGAUUUUCAUAUUUCUGGAUAUCCUUAAAAUCAUAGGCAACAGUUGAGAGACGCAAUCGCUUGGCUUUUCCACUCGGGUGUCUCGCCCGCAUAUGAAUGUUGUGGGACCAACAUGGUUUGUUGCCCCUAUAGCUCGGACCCCGUUUGAAGAAGACUCCACUCAUGUCUAACUUGCUUUCAGAGACCUUUACCAAUGCGUUUGCUAAAGUCCGCCUAUCGUCGGAUAGGGUUUUAAAAAGAUUCAUUCGCCUUAUGAAUUCAAUCAUGAACUUUGCUGUCCGCGUGCUCCAGUUAUUUAUUGUGACACUUCUGUAUUUUUCAGCUGUCAAGAGUGCAUACAUACCCAAGGAGGGAGGCAGAAGCACGUAUGACGUGGUGCCAUUUGAGGUGGUGUACAACAAGUCUUUUUGCCGUCCUCGAGAAAUGUUGGUGGAGAUUCAGCAGGAAUACCCAGAUGACACUGAACACAUCUUUAUACCGUCCUGCGUGGUACUGACCCGCUGCGGUGGGUGCUGCAAUGAUGAAAUGAUGGAGUGCGCCCCCAUCGUCACCUACAACAUUACCCUGGAGAUUAAAAGGGUCAAGCCACUCCGACAUGAGGGCAACUUUUUCAUGAGUUUUGCAGAACACAGUGAAUGCCGGUGUCGGCUAAAAAAAGACGUACCACAAAUAGAAAAAAAAAAACCCCGGAAGGGCAAAGGCCUAAAGCGAAAGGGAAAGAAAACCCGCGAAAAAAAGCAGGAUUUUACUCAAUGUGAGCCCUGCUGUAGCACGUGUUCAGAAAGGAGAAAAGAGAGGUUUCGUCAAGACCCAGAGACGUGUUUGUGCUCCUGUAAGAACACAGAAGCCGACUGCAGGUCUCGACAGCUAGAACUCAACGAAAGAACCUGCAGAUGUGACAAACCAAGGAGGUGAACCAAACAGAGGUCCUCUCAGGCUGAGAAUGAACAUUGGCAUGAAGGAAUAUUUCACCAGUAAUACACAGCACUUUGAAUUUUGAGCUGUCGUCCCCUUAUCAUUGAGCCAUCACAGGGAAAAUGAUGUUGAAGGAGAGGGGGGUUGAACACUUAAUAAAAUGUGGUCUGUAUAUUUUCAUAAUUAGUAUGUGUACUAAGUGGACUGAGAGACUGCCACAGGAUUUGAGUUGCUGCUAAAGGGUCUCAAGCAAUGGCCUGCCAAAACGUUUCUGAUCGUGACUGGCGUUCGAAAACUCAUAAACAAACUCAACGAAACACAUCACUGGAUUUGGGUCUACUGUGUGGUUUUUUUCAUGUAAAUCUCAACAUCAGCAAGAGCAAACAAACCAGUCAUUUUUUUUAAAAGACUGACAAAACAGCGUUCACUGAGAGUGUAAUCAUUCCUUAUAUGUUUGAGCACAAUGUUCACAUUUUGGGAGAUGGACACAUGACUGUAAGAUUCCCAAGAUUUGGGAAUUUGGAAGGCUGAACUGAUUCUGCUAUUGGAAUGUCACACAGUAAUGCCAUGGGAACCUACGACUGUGGUAAAUGUUUUCACCAAGCUGUAACCUUGAACAGGCAAAUCCAUGAAGAGGUUGGCCAUAUUCACUUAUCAAAGGUAUAUUGAUUUUUCAACAAGUUUGGAAACCACUUUGAGCAGAUCAUGCAACCACACUACUAAGGAUCUGAGCGGACAAUUUUUCAUCUGGAUUUUCAGAAACUUUCUUUUGUUUCCCCCAAACAAUUAAGUCAUUUAUAAUUUUCCAGUAUUCUAUCUCUUUGUAUUUAAUUUGAUCUAUUUAUGUUUAGUGUUAACAUAAAUCCUCUCACCCCUUCUGUCUGCAAAUCUCCAUGGCUCUCCAUAAGACAAAAAGCUUUUUUCCCAUUUCAUUAUUUGUAGAUGAACAGAGAAACAUUCCUAGAUCUGAUCAGUGCCAACUGCCUUGAAUUUCCCAACAUGCUGCAAAUAUAUGUGUGUUUGUGUAUGUGUGAUGCGCGCUAUUCAACAAAGAAACAGGCCACACAUGUGCCAUCUUUGGUUAGAAUAGGAUCUAAUUUUAUGCCCAACAGUGGUCUGAUGUUAUACGAAAUGUCCUGUUUAAGCAUUAUUUAUUCUCCCUGUAAAUGUGUAGUAAAACAUAUAUUUAUUUUCACAUUUUAUUGCCCUUUUCUAUAAAACUUGGUUUGAGAAUCAAAUUUUUUAAUGUGUCGCUACAAUUAGUUAAAAACAACUUGAAUAUCACAGAAACUACGAAUAUAUAUUUUUAGAUAUUUAGGUAUUUAUUAUUAUUAUUAUUAACAGCAUAGUAUUUAGUUUGUUGUGUGGACAUUUUAAAUCUAAAUGCAAGCUUUAAUAUGCUAUUUAUAAUGGAUUUUGUAUUAUAUGAUAAAUUGAACGAUAAUCUGAGUAACUGUACAUGUUUCAUUGUAUCAGCAGCACUUAUUGUACAGUAUUGUAUUGGUUUCUUCCAGUUUGUCAGUGUUUUGUGUUUUUGGGCUGAAUAUCAGGACAUUUCAAGGCCACUGUUCUAGAUCAUUGACUCAGAGUUCAUAAUGAGCUGCAGGGGUCCCGCAAGGGUCCGUCCUCGGAUUUCGACCGUUUGCCUUCUCUGUCUGCUUAAGUUCCAGCCUUCAAGCUAUAUUUAAUGGAAAAUCACCACUGUAUUUUAAUGAGUGCUAUAACAUUCGUUAAAAUCAUUCCAAAGCAGCAGAAACAAAAUGGCUUGCGUUCCUGGAAUAUAACUUAAUCUCAUGAUACCUGCUGUUGACAAGUUGUUAGUUCUUGAUAAAUUGCACAUUUUCUAAGACAAUUUGAUAAGACUGUAUAUGUUCGUAACAUGAAUGUAAUUUCAAAUGCGUGCUAAUACUAAAGACAAUGGUGGUUUUAUUUGUUGCUUUAGAUGUUGCUGCAAUAUCAAAGAGAUUUAUUUGGCCGCACCAAUACGGAUUCCAUUUAACUAGAUUUUUUCUCUGUGUCCUCUACUUCAGUCUCCGAAUGAUUCGGUUUGUUAAACUUACAAAUGUUCAACUGGCCAUUACCAUUCCAGAAAUUUCUCACCCAUCUUGCUAAACCCGAGCUGAAGCUUCAUGUGAUUCGCUGAGUGGCAGUCGUCAGCAGAUCAGUUUUUAAGAGCUUUAAGUUUAAGAGCUGUUUGUUUGCGGUGUUUAAAAUAACUACGUUUAGAAACGCUCCGCUCGCUAUAGAUUAACUGCUAUGUAACCACGUAAAGCAGCAGUUUUAUCUACUUAAGAAAUAUAUAAGAUAAUCCUCUUGCUACCCUCACUCCAUCAGCACAGAACCAUUAGCUGCUUAAAUACCCAAAGAAUGUGUGUUAAGUGAGUUAAUCUGUGAUUAAAGGAGGGAUUUUGGUGAGACAACUCCCAGUCUCCUGUUUAAACCAUAGGUGUUCAAUCUACCAGUGGACUUUACUCAACAAGUUAUAUACCGUGAACCGAAAGGGUUAAAUCUUUCACUGUCAGAAAUAAAAUGCUCCCAUGCUGUCGCUGUAGCAGUACCCUUUAAAAAGGUCCUAAUAUGAACCAUUUAGGUACAGAUAUGUAUACAUUUGGUAGCAGCAUUUACCUUUGUGGUACUAACAUGCACUCUUUAGGUACAAAAGUAUACUUUAUUUAAGGGUACCUUCACAGUGACAGCUACACUGUUAGAAAAAUUGUCAAAAUAUGUCUUAGUGGGGCCUAGUUAGUUGUAGCCUAGUGGUUAGAGCUUGUAAACCGAGUGUUGCCAUUUCAAGUCUCACUGUUGGCUUUCCUUAGAUGCUCCCCGGGCGCUGGUGUAGCUGCCCAAUGCUGUGUGUGUGUAUGUAUGUAUGUGUGUGUGUUUACGACUUGCAGUGCGCGUGUUCACUACUCACUAGGAUGGGUUAAAUGCAGAGGUCACAUUUGGAGUAUGCGUUGCCUACUUGACAAGCUUGCACUUUCACUUUUUCACUUCAUUUGUAUACCAAAAUGUACAUUUGUGAUACUAAUGUGCAUCUUUGGGGUACCAUAAAGCUCACUUUGGUACCAAUACAGUAUGUACUUUUGAGGUACUAAUAUUAACUUUCUAGGUACACAUGUGUACUUUUUUAAAAGGGUUUUGACCCAGGGACAGCUGAGGUACAUAUUUUGACCAUUUUGUCUGACAGUGUGGCAAAAAGCGUUUAAUGAAUGUAGCACUGCUGAAAGUCAUGCUUUAGCACCACUUAUGGUUGUACAUAGGGGCUAUAUAGGUGCUCUGUAGCGCUAAAAUGGUUCCUGUAUGAUUAUGAGCUUUUAGUACUAUUUAGCACCAUUUUUUUAGUGUAUAGCAGGACCCCCCUGCCAAAAAUAGUUAAAGAUUCUUAAACUCUUGUUUAUCUUUUUAAAUUGUUUUGGGAAACCGAAAGGUUCAUUAUGGAACCAUACAGCUCUUGAACUGUUGAUGUGGUCUAGUUUCUAUUCCCUGUAUCACAAUGAGACACGUUAUGAUUUUAUUGUUUGGUGAGCAGUAAUAAAUUGGUGGCAUGUUAAAUUGUCAUGUUGCUGAAAAUAAACUGGAAUUCACCUUCAUUUCCAACA